AUGAGGAGACAGCUGCAAUGGAUGGCCGGGUCCGAGAACGAGGACCAGGACGGUCUGGAUAACGAAAACAAUAGCAAUACAAGCGAAAUGACCGACACGGCGAUGAUGCCACCUUUGAAGAGAGUGCUGCAGGCAGAUGGUAGCGAUGACGGGUCUGGGAAGAAGCAGAUGACAACGUCGGCGACGAUGUCGCCGACGUUGUCGCCGACGCUGUCGACGAAUGACAGCGGCACCAGGGUGCAGCCGCUGCCGGAGUACAACUUCACCAAGUUCUGUUACCGGCACAACCCGGAGAUUCAGUUCUCACCCACGCACACGGCUUGCUACAAGCAGGAUCUCAAGCGCACGCAGGAGAUCAACGCCAACAUCGCGAAGCUGCCGCUGCAGGAGCAGUCGGACAUCCAUCACAUUAUCUCGAAGUACAACAACUCCAACGACAAGAUUCGCAAGCUGAUCCUGGAUGGGAUCCUAUCCACGAGCUGCUUCCCGCAGCUCUCGUACAUUUCUUCACACGUCACACACAUGAUCAAGAUCGACUUCAUCAGCAUUCUGCCGCAGGAGCUGUCGUUGAAGAUCCUGAGCUACCUGGACUGCCAGUCGCUGUGCAACGCUACGCGGGUGUGCCGCAAGUGGCAGACGCUGGCCGACGAUGACCGGGUGUGGUACCACAUGUGUGAGCAACACAUCGACAGGAAGUGCCCCAACUGUGGUUGGGGGCUGCCUCUGCUGCACAUGAAACGUGCGCGCAUACAACAGGGCAGCUCGGGCUCCAGCGAGGGCACACGGCCUUGGAAGGUCAUCUACAGAGAGCGCUUCAAGGUCGAGUCCAACUGGCGGAAGGGCCACUGCCGAAUCCAGGAGUUCAAGGGCCACAUGGACGGCGUACUCACGCUCCAGUUCAACUUCCGCCUGCUGUUCACGGGCUCGUACGACUCCACAAUCGGCAUAUGGGACCUGUUCACGGGGAAGCUCAUAAGAAGAUUGAGCGGCCACACCGACGGCGUCAAGACCCUGUACUUCGACGACCGGAAGCUGAUCACGGGCUCGCUCGACAAGACUAUACGCGUGUGGAACUACAUAACGGGCGAGUGCAUCUCCACGUACAGGGGCCACUCGGAUAGCGUGUUGAGCGUGGACUCGUACCAGAAGGUAAUCGUGUCGGGCAGCGCUGACAAGACCGUCAAAGUCUGGCACGUAGAGUCAAGAACAUGCUACACCUUGAGGGGCCACACGGAAUGGGUCAACUGCGUCAAAUUGCAUCCAAAGAGUUUCUCGUGUUUCAGUUGCAGCGACGACACCACAAUACGCAUGUGGGACAUCCGAACCAAUUCGUGCCUGAAAGUGUUCCGGGGCCAUGUGGGACAGGUCCAGAAGAUCAUACCGCUGACCAUAAAGGAUGCGGAGAACCUGGCCACCGACAACACCUCUUCGCAAAACGACCAGGCAAUGGCCAGCGACCCCAACGCGUCAGAAACGCCGUCGAGUGAGCAAGAGGCGGCCACCCUCGACGAGACCAUACCCUACCCCACACACUUGCUGUCGUGCGGACUGGACAACACCAUCAAACUCUGGGAGGUUCGAACGGGCAAAUGCAUAAGAACACAGUUCGGCCACGUGGAAGGUGUUUGGGACAUCGCGGCUGACAACUUCAGGAUAAUCAGCGGGUCCCACGACGGAAGUAUCAAGAUCUGGGACUUGCAAAGCGGGAAGUGCAUGCACACGUUCCAGGGACGCAGGCUACAAAGAGACACUCAACCAACGCAGACGCAAUCUCUGGGUGACAAAGUCGCCCCCAUCGCGUGUGUGUGUAUUGGUGACUCGGAGUGUUUCAGCGGUGACGAGUUCGGAUGCGUCAAGAUGUACAAAUUCGAUCUCAACGACUAG